AUAGUUGCAGCUCCAUCAUCAGCUCUUGGCCGAUUCAAAACAGCAGACGCUGAGCCCUGGCUGGGCUGCUUGCACUCCACUUUCUAGCCGUCUCCUAGGGACUGGUUUGAAGCCUAGGAGCCCCAGCUGCUAACAUCUGGUGCAGGAUCAUGUCUGCUAACAAAGGCUGGUGGGCACCACCUGAGGGUGAGGACAGCAUGUCUGAGAAGCUCCUGAGGAAGACCAGGGAGUCUCUGCUGGUGCCUUUAGGCUUAGGAGGCUGCGUGGUUGUGGCAGCAUACAGGAUUUACCAGCUGAAGCCUCGUGGUUCCACCAAGAUGUCCACACACCUGAUUCACACCCGAGUGGCAGCACAGGCCUGUGCUGUGGGUGUGAUCAUGCUGGGUGCUGUGUACACGAUGUACGGAGACUACGUCAAGAGAACCGCGCAGGAUGCUGGGGAGAAGUGGGACUCCUACAGGCCUGGGGCAGUCAGACCUCUUCGAUCAACCCCUGGUAUGCACCUAAUAAAGGAGUUUGAGGCAAAUCAACAGUCUCUUCUUCACAUAGACGAGAGCAGAGUAAGGGACUGGUAG